AUGAUGCUCGGAUUUCGAGUCUUCAUUCUAGCUCUACUCGGAUGUUAUCCAUCUGUCAUUGGAUCCUCGGAAGGCACAACAACAACGUUUUCACAAAGUGGCGCUCAUACCACAGCAACAGAUUUCAGUUCGCUUGAUGACAACUACGAGAAUGAGAAUAAAGCGUUGAAUUACACUCCAAUGGAGGCUUUUCCUGGCCACGUUAAAAGCGCAUUCUUUAUUUCAGCAGCGACAACGCUAUGUGUUUUGUUGUCCUGCUCGUUCCUGAUCGGUCUAUAUGAGGUCUACGAUAAAAAGAAGCAGAAACCUGUGAAGUCUCAUGCAUAA